AAAGCCCGACUGAGGUCAGGGGUCAGAGGUGAAGAGUGGGUGGCGCGGAGAGGAGCGUGCGCGGCGAGUGGCAUGUGUUAGGGGCUGAAGAGUUUGGGCGAUUCACCUCCAUCCUCCUGCUCCUCGCCGCUCGGUCACCAGGUGAAGACGGACAAGCGCCCGCCCAUCAUGAAGGGCCGGAUUGAGCUUGGAGAUGUUACCCCGCACAACAUCAAACAGCUGAAACGGUUAAACCAAGUCAUCUUCCCUGUAAGUUACAACGACAAAUUCUACAAGGAUGUACUGGAGGUUGGAGAACUUGCAAAAUUAGCAUAUUUCAACGACAUUGCAGUGGGUGCAGUGUGCUGUAGAGUGGAUCAUUCGCAAAACCAGAAGCGAUUGUAUAUCAUGACCCUGGGAUGCCUGGCACCAUACCGCAGGCUAGGAAUAGGAACUAAAAUGCUGAAUCAUGUGUUAAAUAUCUGUGAAAAGGAUGGGACUUUUGACAAUAUUUAUCUGCACGUUCAAAUCAGCAAUGAAUCAGCUAUCGAAUUCUACAGAAAAUUUGGCUUUGGAAUAAUAGAAACUAAAAAGAACUACUACAAGAGGAUAGAACCAGCUGAUGCACAUGUAUUGCAGAAAACCCUCAAAUACAUUUCUCCAUGCCAGAGUGUGGAAAAUCAGAAGUGAAAUAGUGGCUGAGCUUGCACGUUUGUUGCCAAAAAAAAGUCUGUACAGACGGUUGGGGGGCGAGCGUCGAGAGGAACCUGUUCUCUGCAACGCGUUGUGGCAAUAUUCUUACCACGUUAACCUGAAACCACUCAAAUUUAUUCUCGCAUAAAGCAUUCUGUAUCUUCACCAGUUAGAAUUAAUGUAUCUGAGACAAGCAACCCACCUGCCAGAACUGUAAUCAAAGCAUGGGGUUUGGGCAUGUUUUUAUUACUUUACCAGGUUCUAUAUGGGAUUUUUUUUUUUGUUUUCCAAUUCAAACGUGCAAAGAAAUGAUCUGAUUUUGUAUUUAAAAAAAUUCAGACCUAUUCAUGCAUAGUUCAUUUUUUCCAUAAAAGUUGAAUUAGUACUUUCAAGAACUAAUUGUCCUAUGAACUUAUUUGUGCCUAUUGGAGUUAUAUCUCCCACUUUUCAUUUCAUGGAAUAAAUAUUUCAAUUUUAAAAGUGAUGCUGGAUAGUCUGCUGUGCUCACUGGUUCAUUUUGUCAGCAGGAACCUUGUCCUGUCCUCUGUCCUGCUGGCAAAGUCCCAUGUGCCCACACAUUUGUCUUGUCUUGAUUCCACUUUAUUUUUUCUACUCUGACUAGAACAACCAUCUCUGUUUCAUAACAAGCCUGUAAUAUUCAAGAGAUGGAUGAGACUUCGAUGGAACACCAAGGUCAAGUGAAGUGGUGGAUAGAGUGUUGGAUAAGUUAUUAAAAAAUUUGCUUUUUAGAAAUCUUCCACAGGAUGUGGGUGUCACUGGUGAAGUUGUUACCUACCUCUAAAUACAUUUUGAGAAGAUGUUGAGCUGCUGCAUUGAACCUCUGCAGUCCAUGCACACUGGGGCAGCAUGGUGGCUCAGUGGUUAGCACUGUUACAUCACAGCACCAGUGAUUCUGGUUCAAUUCCACGCUCGGGUGACUGUGUGGAGUUUGCACAUUCUCCCCCGUGUUUGUUUCGUCCGGCUGCUCCAGCUUCCUCCCGCAGUCCAAAAGAUGUGCAGGUUAGGUGAAUUGGCCAUGCUAAAUUGCUGAUAGUCUCCACAGAUGUGCAGGCUGGGUGGAUUAGCCAUGGGAAAUGCUGGGUUACUAGGAUAGGGUAGGGGCUGGGUCUGGGUAGGUUGUUCUGAGGGUUGAUGUUGACUUGAUCGGCCAAAUGGAUUGCUUCCACACUGUAGGGCUUCUUUGAUCCUAUUCUAUGAAGGUUCCAAUAUUUUGAUCCAGUGACACUGAAGGAAGGCUAAAAUAGAGACUUAAGACGGUGCGUGGCAUGUAUGAAUUUUUAGUUGGUAGAUGUAGUCGCUAAUCAAGAGGACUGCCUUGACCUGGAUAUUGGACCUGCAUCACGUGGGCUAGUGAAGAAUAUUCCAUCACACUUUUGACUUCUGCCUUGUAGAUGGUAGACUGGCUUAGAGAGGUUAAGAGAUUUGUACCCCAGAAUAUUUCUUGAAAAAUGGUUAUUCUUUCACGGGAUGCAAUCAUCACCAGUAAGGCAAUCGUUUGUUCUCCAUUUUUAAUUGCCCUAAUUUUGUGUGACUGAAUGGAGCAUUUUGGAGGGUAGUUUACCACACUGCUGUGGGUCUAGGGUCACAUGUAGGCCAGACCAGGUAAGGACAGUGGAUUCCUUGCCUAAAGGAUGCUUGGUGAACUUGAUGGGUUUUAUGACAAUUGAUAAUUCCAUCACUGGAGUACUUUCCAGAUUUAUUACUUAAAUUCCAUCAGUUGCUGCAGAUAGGAUCUAUAUUAGUCCAGUGAUAAUACCAUUACUUCACCAUCUCCUCAGGAUUCCCAGCCCGUGACUGGCCUUUGUAGCUACAGUAUUCAUAUAGUUGAUUCAGUUCCCUUUCUGAUCAAUGAUAACUCCCCAGGACAUUGAUAGUGGGGGAUUCAGUCAUUGUAAUGGGAUCAAACAAGGAAAUUCCAGACCAAUUAAACAACUAAUUUAGUUCUGUCUUUACAGAAGAAGAUACAAAUAACUUUUUCGAAGUGCUAGGGAAGCAAAGAUCUGUUGGAAGUAGGAAUGAAAGGAGUUUACAAAAAAAAUUGCCAGAGAAAUUAGUGGACUGAAAGCUGAUACUACAUGAGGAUGUCAGUAAAAUAUUGGUAUGGAUUGUAAUUUGGUUAGCAGUCAAGAAACACAGCCAGAAUAAAUCGUUCAUUUUUGGAGUGGAAAGUUUUGCAGGAAUCAGUGCUUCAUGCCCAGCUAUUUUAAAUAUAUCUCAAUGAUUUUGUUUGAAAUAUUACACGCCGUUCCAAGUUUGCAGCAGUUCUAGAUGGUGAGUUGCAAGGAAGAUGUAAAGAGACUUCAGGACAAUUCAGACAGGUUUGGUGGGUGGAUAGAUGUAUGGUAGAUACAGUAUAACGUGGAUGAGCAUGAAGUUGUAUAUUUGGAUCGGCAAGUAGAUGUAGGGGUGAAGGUCCAGAGAAAAAGCUAACUGUCUCCAGGAUACAUGGUAGACCUAUUUCAGACUGUGAUGAAGAGACAUUUUGUCACUCAGACUGGUGGACCUGUGGAAUUCCCUACCACCGAAUACUGUGCAAGCCAAUUAAAAUCUUUUAAGAAAAGUUUUGAUUUAUACAUGUUAAAGAUGUUGGAGCAGGGGUAUGGCAUUGAAAUGGAGGAUCAGCCAUAAUCCAUGAAGAGUGGGCCCACUGUUUUCUCCUGCACCUGUUGUUUACAUUUCUUUGAAUGUCAUGGGAGUGAUCAUUAAACGCUGCCUUGUUGGAGACAA